UACUGAACGCCAUGCGGUUACUCUUCAACGGCGACAGUUCUCAAAUCUAUAUUUACAUCAUUUCCUCUACCGUGUAAACUACUCUUAUUGGAUGAUUUUGGUGUACGAAUUGCACUCCCGCCGGGCCUUCUUCCUUUCAAUUCAUCUACGCCAUGGACGUCCUGAUCUGCCAACCACGCAUUGCUCAGGGAACACCAACCCUGCCGUACGCCGAGGCUGAUGACAGCCUCCGCGCCCUUGCCGGUCGAGCCGAGGGCUUUGGCCGGUUUGCCAUAGGAGGACUAAAUGGAGACCUUUAUCUUGUCACCAGCUUGGAAGAUGAUGGUUGCGGUUCACUUCGAGAAGGAUGCCGUUCCCAUAAGCCUCUGUGGAUCGUUUUUGAGGUAUCGGGAACUAUUCACCUGUCUUCCUUCUUGAGAGUAUCAUCCUACAAAACCAUCGACGGAAGGGGUCAGAAGGUUAAGGUGACAGGGAAGGGGCUGCAGUUGAAAGCCUGUGAGCAUGUCAUCGUUUGCAAUUUGGAAUUUGAAGGUGGAAGGGGGCACGAUGUCGAUGCCAUUCAGAUCAAGCCCGAGUCAAGGCACAUCUGGAUCGACCGUUGCAGUUUUCGCGAUUACACUGAUGGACUCAUCGACAUUACUUGCGAAAGCACAGACAUAACCAUUUCAAGAUGCCACUUCUCAGAGCACAACAAAACGAUUCUAAUUGGGGGAAACAGCUGCAACAUCGCCGACAGGUGCAUCGGCGUGACGAUCCAUCACUGCUUCUUUGACGGAACGCGGCAGCGGCAUCCUCGUGUUCGAUUCGGCAAGGUUCACCUGUACAACAAUUACACAAGAAAUUGGGGCAUAUACGCUGUCUGUGCCAGUGUAGAGUCACAGAUUCUAUCUCAGUGCAAUAUAUACGAAGCAGGGGAAAAGAAGACGGUCUUCAAAUAUCUGACAGAGAAGGCAGGAGAUAAGGAAGAAGGGGCUAGUGGGAGUGUAAGGUCCGUGGGCGAUCUGUUUCUUAAUGGCGCAAAACCUUGUUUGAUAGUAGUAGAUGACGGUGCUGAUAACGUGUUCGAGGCACAUGAAUGCUAUGAAGCAUGGACAAUGGAAGCUGCAUCAGAUUGCCUCAAAGAAGUUGUCCAGAUUUGUGCAGGUUGGCAGCCCCUGCCAAGGCCACAAGAUAGCUUAAUCAGUGCAAAAACUUCUUGCUGUUGGCAAAAGGACACGGCCAGCUCGCUGAGUUGAUGACUCACCCCACUCGUAAGCUCUCAUUUCCAGAUUAAGGUCACAUGGCGGACACUUUCGGCACAAAUUUGUCUGUUGUUCCCUGGAGACAGAUCAAGUGCUGGCUCUCCCCCACAUCAUGGAUGAGGUUGAUGAUACAGCCAAAGAAACGACCUAACUAGGACCUUAAAUUAUAUUUUCGACUUUGUUAUUUUGCAAUGAUUGUGCAUGAUCUAACGGUGACAAGCCACGUUACACGGCUCUCAUGCUCCGCUUUUUCCCGCUGGAAUUCGAAUCCUCUAAUGCAUUUUAAAAUAGAAUUGGCACGGAAUGCAGUCGCUAGCUUCCUUUCUUUCAAAUUGUUCCUGUUUGUCUUUGUCGUCAGAGGCAGAGCAGUAAGAUUCUUGCAACUCUUUUACAUUAAAAAUAGAAAAAAGCAUCUUUUUAAUAAUAAAUUAAGAUUAAAUUAAAAGAAAACAUCCUUUUAUUUUUUACCCAUGAAAAUUUAAAAUCUCACUUUCUAACUGUUCACAAAACAAACAGGUUAUUUCAAAAGUGCACCUAAUCCGAGUGGACCCGCGGGAAACUCGAGGCGCCACCUGCAGGCUGCAGUCUGUGCUAUAAAAAUUUAAAUGGUAUUUUAAAAAUUACCCUCAGUUUAAUGUCACAUGACCAAGAUGUGCAAGAACAAAAUAUCAAAGGGUUUUAGUAUUAUUAUGCAAACUAUAGAAACAAAAUAGAGAUGCAAAAUGAAAUACGCUUUGCGUUCGGCAAAUGCUGCCACUUUUCAACUCCUAGCUAGCUUUCUUGGAGGAACCCUGUCAAACCUUUGGGGCGAUUGAGCAAUGGCAGUUGCUUCCAGAGGGAGAGCUGAGCUUACGUCGAAGACGAGCCCAGAGAGGACAAUGGUGUGGACUGAGCCGAAGCGGAGAGCAAAAGCUCAAGUGGUUUACUACCUCUCGAGGAAUGGCAACCUCGAGCAACCUCAUUUCGUGGAGGUUCCUUUCUCUACCGUAGAAGGGCUCUACCUCAGAGACGUCAUCAGCCGUCUCCAUGUUCUCAGAGGCCGGGCCAUGGCGGACAUGUACUCCUGGUCUUGCAAGAGGUGAGAUCGCUGAAGGAGUGUGAGUUGAUCUCGAUGAUCUGCAUCUUCUCAAUCCUUUUCUGUUGCACGUCAGGAGCUACAGAAAUGGCUAUGUGUGGCAUGAUCUGUUGGAAGAUGAUUUCAUCCACCCUGUUCAUCGGAAUGAGUACGUGCUCAAAGGAACACGGAUUCUGGACUUCUACUUCUCUUCUAUUCCCUCGGCCUCCGUGGAAAGCUCCGCCUCUUCCUCCAUCAGUUCCGGGAAGUCUGUCGAAGCCUCGAAACGCGCGCAAGAUGACACCUUUGUCUCUUCCACCGUCAAGUCGAGUGACGCGUCCACCCAGACGGACGAGCACAGGCGGCAUCGCCGGCGAGCUACUCCGACCGACGAGAAGCCAAAGACAUUGACAACGGUAGAGAACCCCGCCACCGAACUUAGCCAAGACGAGAUCUCGCCGCCGCCACUGUCGUCGUCGAGCCCGGAGACUCUAGAAGCGCUUAUCAAGGCGGACAACUACCGAAUCGUGGCGGCAGAGCCGGAGCAGAAGGGGAGGGCGGAGGGCGGCUGCUUAAGCGGAAGAGUGAAGGCCACGGAGGUGCUGAUGCAUCUGAUCUCGUGCGGUUCGGCCUCGGUGAGGACCAGCGGGUUGUCGUUGAUGCCGCAGUACAGCGGAGGGCUGGACCGAGCGGAGUCCAUGGGACACUUCCCGAGCUUUCGAGCCAUGAGAGUGGAGGAGGUGUGCUUCAGUGGGAGCUUGGUGGAGACCAACAAGCCGGCGGCGGGCGGGAACGGCGACGAGAUGCCAAGCUUGAAGAGGUCCUCAUCUUACAACGCUGAUAGGGGCUCGGAGAUGGAUGAUCUUGCGAAGGAGAACGAAGAGGUACGUGGUCGAUGCGUGCCAAGGAAGCCCAAGUCGAGAAAUGAAGGGCGAACUCACAAGUAGCUAGAUCAAGCCCGUGCUCUAAUUUUGAAGUCGAUGAGAGGAAUUAGCAUGCAUCAGUCUAAAAUGAAGUCCUAUCUCGUUUAAUUUUCCAGCUGCUAUAUAUCAUUCUCAAGUCUGAUUAAUAUGAGAAUAAGCUCGAUGAAUGUUAGUUCUCAAAUCCAGGGGCGUCCUCGUUUGUGUUCUUCGACAUCAACGAGAACCCUCCUUGUUACUUAUGACAAGAAGCCAAGUGCAUUGCACCAGCAUGUUAAAUUCUUAGUGAUAUUUUGAGGUAAAGUCCUCAUGGUGUUUUAAUGGGUAUAAA